GAGGAGCGAGAGAAAAAAAAAAAAAAGGGGGAAAAUCAGGAUCUCAUUACAAGAGCAACAGACCGUCUGCAGACGCCUGUCAGCAUGGAAAGUCGGGGGCUUUCGCCCGGGUCCUCCUAGAAAUCUCCCCAAGAAGACUCCCAAACGCUCCCCCACAUCUGGGUAUGGAGAGUGCAAUCACCCUGUGGCAGUUCCUUUUGCACUUGCUGCUGGACCAGAAACAUGAGCACCUCAUCUGCUGGACGUCUAACGAUGGCGAGUUCAAACUCCUCAAGGCUGAAGAAGUGGCCAAACUGUGGGGCCUCCGCAAGAACAAGACAAACAUGAACUACGACAAGCUGAGCAGGGCUCUGAGAUACUAUUACGACAAGAACAUUAUCAAGAAAGUGAUCGGGCAGAAGUUUGUGUACAAGUUCGUCUCUUUCCCGGAUAUCCUAAAAAUGGAUCCUCACGCGGUAGAGAUCAGCCGGGAGAGCCUCCUGCUGCAGGACAGCGACUGUAAGGUGUCCCCGGAAGGCCGAGAGAUCCACAAGCACGGCUUGUCUUCCCUCAAAAGCGCGAGCCGCAACGAAUACAUCCACUCAGGCCUGUACUCGUCCUUCACCAUCAACUCCCUGCAGAACGCUCCAGAGGCCUUCAAGGCCAUCAAGACAGAGAAGCUGGAGGAGCCAUGUGAUGACAGCCCCCCUGUGGAAGAAGUCAGGACUGUGAUCAGGUUUGUGACCAAUAAAACCGACAAGCACAUCACCAGGCCUGUGGUGUCCCUGCCUUCCACAUCCGAGGCCGCCGCGGCGGCAUCCGCUUUCCUGGCCUCGUCUGUCUCAGCCAAGAUCUCCUCUUUAAUGUUGCCAAAUGCUGCCAGCGUUUCGUCUGCAUCACCCUCUUCAUCUCGGUCCCCGUCCCUGUCCCCCAACUCUCCCCUCCCUUCCGAACAUAGAAGCCUCUUCCUGGAGGCAGCCUGCCAUGACGCGGAUUCUCUGGAGCCCCUAAAUCUGUCAUCGGGCUCCAAAACCAAGUCUCCGUCUCUUCCCCCAAAAGGCAAAAAACCCAAAGGCUUGGAAAUCUCCGCGCCCCAACUGUUGCUCUCCGGCACCGACAUCGGCUCCAUCGCCCUCAACAGCCCAGCCCUCCCCUCAGGAUCCCUCACUCCAGCUUUCUUCAGUGCACAGACGCCAAGUGGACUGCUUCUGACGCCGAGUCCGCUGCUCCCCAGCAUACAUUUCUGGAGCAGCCUUAGUCCGGUCGCCCCACUGAGUCCCGCUAGGCUGCAAGGGCCAAAUACACUUUUCCAGUUCCCCACACUGCUCAAUGGUCACAUGCCCAUGCCGCUCCCCAGUCUGGAUAGAGCCCCAUCUCCAGUACUGCUGUCCUCCAGCUCUCAGAAAUCAUGAUGACGGCCACCGCCACUGUCAGCGACUAAGGACUCACAGAACUGAUGAUGCCAGUUUGUCCCUCUGGGCUAGUUUACCUGUGUCAUGAGAAGGACGUCGUGAAACCCGGUCAAUUUGGUUUGCACUUUUCAUAACACGGAUAAUCUAGAUGUAUGUCACCAUUUUAAAAGACGGUUUUAUAUAUAUAUAUAUUCAGCUCUCUAUGGAAGUCUGUUUUGCAUCAAGUGGAUUUUAAUGUUUGUUUUUUAUCCUGUUAGCUCUGGAGUGUUGAACACUGACAGUGAGGAGCCUUUCUUAAUGUUUUCAGUGUAACUAAUAAGGCUGUGAAGCUUUCUAUCGCUUUAAAUCUACAUACGCUGAGCUCUGCUUGUAUACACGGUAUAACCAGCUGUGCCUUCCUUUGCAUUUAGUUUUAUGUACAUGAACUUGUGUAUUUCUAGUAUUGAGAGGAAAUGUUUGAAGGACGCAUUGGCAUCAAACAGCUCUCAGUAGAGUGCUAUUUUCUCACGUAGACACCAUCAAAGUGUACUUCCAUCACUAAGAACUGCCUUAGGACUUCUUUUGAACUGAAAUCCAGUAAAUACAAUGUCCGAGUAAUGUUUUUAUAAGAAUGAACGAAGCCAUAUUUAGACAAUAAACAUUCUUUAAAGAACAUGUUCCAAAGUGCAUUUUUUAAAAGAAGAACUUUGAGAGGCCAGUGGCUUAGUCAUCUAUAGAGGCCUUUCUAACCCCCCGGCAGAAGUCUGGGCUGCUAAGGCUAUGGUAAGUCCAUGCCAGCCAAACUCUCAAGGGGACUUCCCAGGUUUGUGUUUAAUUUUAAAAGACUAGCCCUGCCUUCUUCAUUUCCUACAACCACAACCAUCUGGGAUCUUAUCACUGCUGGGAGUUAAGGUUCCUUAAGAUUCCUGGCACGGCAAUUAAUAUUUAAAACCUAAUGUUGUAGGGCUGAGGACUGAGCUCAGUAGAGUGUGCCCUGCAUGUACUGAGGCUGCGCGUACAAACCCCAGGGAUCUGUCUCCCUGCCUCUCCCAACGAGGGGGCUGGGAGACAAACUAAGAAUGUUUUGGAGAGAUGCUCACAGAUGGCGAAUUCAAACAAAGAAACGAUUAUAUAAUACCAGCUUUCUGUAGAUAUACUUCCUGUGUAUAGGUAAUUUUUGGUGGAUUAAAGCAAAAUGCGUUACUAAGAUCUGGAGGAACUGAAAGCCUUGCUUCUCAAGAUGAGCGCCCGAGAGACACUGCUUUCUGUAUUCAAUUGGUGGCGAGAAGGGAGGCAAUCCGAUAAAGGAAAACUCUUCAGGAAUCUCACUCUGAAUCCGAGGCAGCAGCUCCUCGGAUGCUCUGCAGGGAAGGCUUCAUGUGCCGUGGGUCAGGGCUGUGAAGGCGGCAGGCCCUCACCUGGUAAAACCCAGAAGGUAGCAGCACAUCUGUGCUUAAGGGGAAGUCCUGGUGUAAGACUAUGGACUCAAAGCGCUUUCAAUUUAAGAUCAGGUGAGCUGAAACACUACUUAUCCACAAGUAAAAAAAAAAAAAAAAACAAAAAAACAAAAACAAAAACCAAAGUCCAAUUUGAAAUGUGCCUCAACAGAAUAGAUAAAUAACAGAUCAUAAGGGGGCUAAAAAAAAAGUUUAUGCAAAAAAAUCUGAAUUUUAAACAAUUAAAAUUAUGUUUAGAUACUUACAAAUUGAGACUUAGUACCGGAAUGGGACUAUCUUUCUAAGGGGUAUGUGCCUACUAAGAGGAGAGAAAAAGCCUCUGACUGUAAGGCCAUGAAGACAGCUCUAAGCCCAUAAAUAGACACCCUGCCACUCCCUCAUGGCAAAGAAUAAAUGUGUACUAAAAUAAAAAGGAUCUGGUUCAGGGGACUAUAAUUACUGAAUGCAGUGUCAGAGCUAGGAGGGGCUUUCAGAGGGCGUGCUUCCACUGUUCUCCGGUCAGGACAGGCCCACAGAACCAGGUGAGAGGCAGGGAGCGGCCUGGGGCCACAGCAUUCACUGAGGGUAGAGUGGGAGUGGUUCAACACCUACGGAAACAUCAGGCUGCAGUGCUGAAAAUUGCUUGAUGAGGGUGCGUUUGAUAUGCAAGAUUCUUAGGAAGGAACAAGGAGUGUGCAGGAAUCUCAACAGAAUGACUUUUUGUAGACUUUUAAACUAUAAAUGCUGGUUGGAAAUGUUCACGUGACUGUAAGUCCGCCUGCUGUUUCCUUGUCCUCCAAUUACUGUGAUUAUCCUGUAUUCUAGAUACACUGUGUGUCAUUCUUGGUGGGUCCGAAUACUCAAGGGAGAACUGAAGACAGAGAAUAACAGCUUCACCGUCUUCUGUGUUUUUAACAGGAUUAAUUUAGCCAGAAAAUAGGCUGCAAAGAGCAUCCCCGGCUCUUAUGCUUGCUUAAUCAGUGUUCAGCUGCUGCAGCUGCUGUUGGAGCUCUAGAACCUCACUGUGGAAGCUGAACUCAGUCCCUGCGCAGCUUCCCUACAGCUGAGAAGCUUCCUCCACUGCCACAUGGGUGUCUUUUUUUUUUUUACUGUCAUAUUGUUUUGUUGAAUAAAUACUUUGUAAUAAAAAAAGUGUUAAGAGGCAA